UUAGAAAUGAACAUUAUUUUUCAUCAUUGACAGAAACAGCAUGAACUGUUGAGGACAGCUACAGCUGACUGACUCUGUGUGUUUGCAUAUGUGUCCUGCCUCUCUGCUCCCAGCCGUUAAGAGGCCAGUGUUGAUCAGUGUGUGUCCAGGCCUUUCAGAGCCACUGACACGCCGGCAGCACAAUGAUGAUGUCUCUGACUCUACUGCUGGCCACCCUGGGGCUCCUUGUUCAGGGUUCAUCAGCAGAUAUCACAGUGUCUCAGUCUCCUGAAUCUCAGUCUGUUGUUCCAGGUCAGACUGUCUCUAUCAGAUGUAAAACCAGUUCAAGUGUUGGUAGCUACCUCCACUGGUACCUUCAGAAACCUGGAGAAGCUCCUAAACUCCUGAUUCGUUAUGCUACAACUCGUGAGUCUGGAGUUUCAGAUCGUUUCAGUGGCAGUGGAUCUGGAACUGACUUCACUCUGACCAUCAGCAGAGUUCAGGCUGAAGAAGCAGGAGAUUAUUACUGUCAGCAGGGUUACAGCACCCCGUUCACACAUGUGAGAAUGACUUUGAUCUCCGUCCUCAUCUGGACUGUCCUCUGCUGCUGCUUCACAGAGUCCAGAGGACAGGUCACAGUGACUCAGCCUGGAGCAAUAAGCUCUGCUCUGGGAGGCACCGUCACCAUCAGCUGUAGAACCAGUCAGGAUGUAGCUGGUGGGAGCUAUUUAUCCUGGUACCAACAGAGAGAUGGAGACAAACCUAAACUGCUUAUUUACGAUGCUACUGAACGAGUAUCAGGGAUUCCAGAUCGUUUUACAGGCAGUGGAUCAAACUCUGACUUCACUCUGACCAUCAGUGGAGUCCAGGCUGAAGAUGCAGCAGUUUACUACUGUCAGAGUUAUCAUGCUAUCAACAGUCAGCUUGUGUUCACACAGUGA